GUUAAUAAUUAUUAUUAUUUUUACACUUCCUGGCGCACCCUGCGGCGCCCACGGUUUCACCCCAAUUUGCAAUUUGUAGUUUUGCCAAAAAUCUCUUAUUAGAUUGAGAUUCCUAUCCCAUGGAUCGCACGUGCCCUUGUCCUGUUCUACAACGCCCAUAUUAUCCCUUAACCACCGCCCGAUCACUGCCGAUCAAUCAAAUCACAGCCGCAGAAAUCGUCCUUUUCCUCCAAGUGGCAAGACGUCUAUGGCUAUUCACAAUGACGUCACCCUUUAUCCCACUUCGCCCCCAUCCAAAUUCCCCCUAUCUAUCUUCCCGCCACAGCUAACGCCGGAUUCCUCCGCCUUCCACCCUACCUCCUCCGCACGCCGCUCUGACAGUGACGCACCAUCCACCCCCCGCCCACGUUAGCACUUCCUGGCCAUACCUCUAUAUAUAUAUAUAUAUAUAUAUAUAUAUAUAUAUAUCAUAUUGCAGAUAUUUCAGUUUCCAGAUAGCGUACCUGCAGAUGAAGGUGAAGAUCAAUCUCACCAGCUGGAUUUGGAGUGUCGACCGCCUGCACGGCCGCUGUCAUGCCGCUGCGCCUCACGGAAUCUAUUGUCUACGCCUGCUACUGCUCUCCGAGACGGUACGGUGCGCGACGGCGCAGCCGGGACUCGAGGCUUCGCAGGGUCCCUACGUAAUCCCCAGUAACUUCAAUCCGACAACGGCCUUCAUUGUCGUCGUCUUUAUAUGCGCCUUCUUUUUCAUGGCCUUCUUCUCCUUCUACUUCCGGCAGUGCGCCGAGGCCCGCUCCUCCGUCCGCGAGGGCGCCGUCGGGAGCUCCUGGACUGUUGGGACCGGUGAAGGGAGGUUCAAGCGAGGAGGACUCGACCGCGAAGCGAUCGAGGCGUUUCCGAUAUUCUUGUACUCCAGCGUGAAAGAUCUCAAGAUUGGCAAGGGCGGGCUAGAAUGCGCCGUGUGCUUAAACGAGUUCGAAGAUGACCAGACUCUUCGUGUGUUACCGAAGUGCAAUCACGCGUUCCAUCCCGAAUGCAUCGACGCUUGGUUGACUUCUCACACCACCUGUCCGGUUUGCCGAUCAGAUCUCGCGCUGGGGUCCGGGGAUCUCUCCGGCGAUUCGCCUGACUCGAGCGAUUCAUCUCCUCAAGCCAGUAGGCCCGAACUCACCGACUCAAGAACUCAAGUAUCGAUCAAUAUACACGAAGAUGGAAUCGAAGGCUUGCAAAUUGUUGAAUCCGUCAGCACAAGUGAGAAUCCAAGACGGAAUCGUCCGCCAGCGGCGAGAUUCGCCGGGAACUUUCAUCGGUCGCACUCGACGGGUCACUCGCUGGUUCAACCCUUGGAGGACUGGGAUAGAUACACCGUAAUAUUUCCCGACGAGGUACGAAAGCAGCUCGUGAUUUGCGCCGAUCUGUCUCGGACGGUGAGCUUCGGGCGUCAGAGCAGUUCCUUGGACCGGCCGGUGGGGCUGUCGGACCGGUGGGUGCUCUCCAUGGCUCCGCCGUUCCUAUCGAGAGAGGGGUCAGUUAGGCCGCCGAAGGUUGGUGGUGAGGGAAACGUGACGGCAAUUGAGGGAAGCUGUAAAACAUUUGUAACAUCCGUUGGAACUCCGGUGGAGUUUCUCGCCGUGAAGCCUGAGGGAGACGAGCGGUCGUUGUCCCGGACAGCUAUUUGAGUUGUUAUCCAUUGCACAUAAAUCAUUUUUCUAUACCCCACCAGUUUGAGAUGGGAGAUAAUUUCAUACCUUUUUCAUUUUC